UAUCACACAUACACACACAGGACAGACCUGGUGCUCUCGGUUUCUUGUCUACACAGUGCUCGUAGAAGAAGACGGCCGUGUGCACCAGCUUGGAGCCUUUCCGUUGUCCUAUAUGUCGUGUUAAAGUGGUGUGUUGUGCGCCUCACCAUGAAGGGGUUCUUCGCGGGCUUGUUGACGUUUUUGGGGUGCCUCGUGAUCCUGGAUGCGGUUUCUUUGGACGCAGUUAUCACCAAAGAUCUGCAGGAUGUCAUCGAGAAGGAUGAGCUCAUUCUAUCACUCAGGCAUAUAAAACCAAAGAAGCGAUCAAGGGGUUUUGCCGAAACAUUAUUUUCGAUCACCUUCCCCCAAACCGAGAACAAAUUCGCUCUUCUGCUCGAUAGAAAAACAAAAAGAGUAAUUGUGGAGACUUUGGAGGAGGGCAAGAAGAGGGUCCAGCAUUUCACUGUGGAUAUUUUGGAAGAAGACAGUACAGUGAAGUCCCUCAUCUUGGCAAUCGAUCAAAAACAACCUGGUGCUCAUGCAACCCUGUACAUAAACUGUAAUUCUUACGGGAUGGUGGCCACACCUAAAACAGUCAGGGAAAUGCACAAACUAGAGGAUGGAACCAAAGUUGAAGUGUAUCACGAAAAGCGGUAUCCAAUGUCAGUAGAUGGCCAUAGGGAUGUCAGGACAGUUCUGAGCAUGCACGACUGUCCAUUGGAACUAGAUUCCAAAUCUUUGAAUUCUUUCGAUGAUGAGAGUUUUUUGAACAACUACCUGAAAGAUGAUCCAAAUGCUGGUGAUCCUUACAUGGUUGAUAGAGGCGACAUUCCAUCCGUGUCUAAUUUAGACGAAGGUUCUCUGCUGAAAGCCCUCAAUGAGCUGAUUCGUUCAGUGAACGUUCUCUACAGGAAGUGCGGAGAAAGAGACGCUAAUAUAGAGUGGAUCAGGAGGUACAUGGAGGAGUGUGACGUUUGUCGAAGAAGGCCAGAACCUUCGACAAGACCACCAACUCCACCACCUCCGCAAAGACCAACAUGUGCUACUCAUCCACCCAAUUGUUUUAGAGGUGUAAGAUGCUACAACACCGAACAAGGACCUCGAUGCGGCCCGUGUCCCUAUGGAUACACCGGGAAUGGAUACGACUGUCGCCCCACCAAAACCUGCAGAGACCGCCCUUGCUACCCUGGCGUAACCUGUACAGAUACCCCCGAAGGCUACCAGUGCGGUUCGUGUCCCGCCAACUACGUCGGCAACGGAGAACAGUGCCGGAGAACAUGCAGAGACAGACCAUGCUUCCCAGGCGUUCCAUGUACCGACACCGGCGAAGGCUACCAGUGCGGUUCGUGUCCCGCGAACUACGAAGGAAACGGGGAGCAGUGCAGGAGGACCUGCAGGGACCGUCCCUGCUACCCCGGUGUGCCUUGCACUGACACGGCGGAGGGUUUCAGGUGCGGUUCUUGCCCUGCCAAUUACGACGGUAACGGUGAACAGUGCUGGAGGACCUGCAGGGAUAGACCUUGUUUCCAGGGAGUGACUUGCGAGGACACAGAGAGAGGAUUUAAAUGUGGAGCAUGUCCACUUGGUUUCGAGGGUAACGGGGAGGAGUGUAGAAGGAGGCCUUCUGGAUGCGAAUAUAAUCCAUGCGCGCCAGGUCGUUGCAUUCCUAGAGACGAGCCUCCAUAUUUCGAGUGUGUAGAAUGUCCAAGUGGUUUUGAAGGAAAUGGCACCAGCUGUAUUGAUAUCGAUGAGUGUGCCUUAGCCAGACCGUGUGACCCGAGGGUGAGGUGCAGGAACGAACAACCGGGUUACAGGUGUGAACAAUGUCCACCGGGAUACAAGCAGAGUGGAAGAAGUGAGGGGAUAGGGUUGGACGAUGCAGCUAGAUACAGACAAGUUUGUGAAGACAUAGACGAAUGUAGGGAGUACGAAGGGGCCUGUGUGGCACACUCACACUGCAUCAAUACGCCGGGCUCUUACCAAUGUACCGGCUGUGACACAGGGUAUGCUGGUAACCAAACUAUAGGCUGCCUUCCCAGAGAGGGCUACUGCCCCGAUGGCACACAGUGUGACAAACAUGCGCACUGCGUCUAUAUGGGGUGGGACAGAUACGACUGCGAAUGUCAAAAUGGAUGGGCUGGAGACGGAAAAUUCUGCGGUAAAGAUUUCGACUUAGAUUUCUGGCCUGACGAGCCCCUGCCCUGCUCUCAUCCGAGAUGCAAACAGGACAACUGCGCUUUCACGCCUAAUUCUGGACAAGAAGACGACGACAAUGAUGGAAUCGGAAAUGUGUGCGACGACGAUGCAGAUAAUGAUGAAGUAAUCAACGAGAAGGAUAACUGCUGGCUGAAGUACAACCCGGACCAGAGCGACUCGGACGAUGGAGGUGGUGACCACGUCGGAGAUGCUUGUGACAACUGUCCCUACAUCAGGAAUUCGGAUCAGUCGGACACGGACAGAGACGGCAAAGGGGAUGCUUGCGACGAGGACAUCGACAACGAUGGUGUCCUGAACAAACAAGAUAACUGCGUCGACAAGUACAAUCCUAAUCAGAGGGAUAUAGACGGGGACGGUAUAGGAGAUGUUUGCGAUAACUGUCCGGACAUACACAACCCGGAUCAGUAUGACGCGGAUCAGAAUCAGAUCGGAGAUGUGUGUGACUUCGGAAGAGAUUCGGAUAGAGAUGGAAUAAACGACAACAGAGACAAUUGUGUGAAAGUUCCAAAUCCCAAUCAACUAGAUACAGAUCAUGAUGGCAUAGGAGAUGCUUGUGAUGACGAUAUCGAUGGUGAUGGCAUUAUAAACAUCGAAGAUAAUUGCUAUUUGGUUUGGAAUCCAGAUCAACUAGAUGUGAAUCGAAACUACAUUGGUGACGUUUGCGAAAAAGAUUGGGACAACGAUACGGUCACUAAUGACUUGGAUAACUGUCCAAACAACUCCCUCAUCCAUCAGACGGACUUCAGCAAAUAUUCCGAGGUGAUACUGGAUCCGCAAGGGGACGCUCAAGUUGAUCCAAACUGGGUCAUCGUUAACCACGGUGCUGAGAUACUACAAACCAUGAACAGCGAUCCUGGUCUUGCCAUAGGUUAUGAUACCUUCUACGGGGUCGACUUCGAGGGAACUUUCCAUGUAGCUUCAGAUGUAGACGACGAUUAUGCGGGCUUCAUUUUCAGCUACCUCAACAACAAGCAGUUCUACGCCGUUAUGUGGAAGAAGAAUAGUCAACCCUACUGGAAGCACGAGCCUUUCGAGGCGUUAGCAGAAUCGGGAAUCCAGUUGAAACUCAUCAACUCGGCGACAGGACCGGGUGAAAUGCUGAGGAAUGCGCUUUGGCAAACCGGAAACACGGAAAAUGAAGUUACACUUCUAUGGAAAGAUCCGAAGAACGUUGGUUGGAAGUCCAAAACAUCUUAUCGUUGGCUGUUGAUACACAGACCCAGGAUUGGCCUCAUCAGGCUCAGAAUUUAUGAAGGGGAUAAGCUCAUCACGGAUUCGGACAACAUUUUCGACAGUACAUUGCAGGGGGGAAGGCUUGGAGUGUUCUGCUUCUCGCAAGAAAUGAUCAUAUGGUCCGAUCUGGUGUACAGAUGUAACGAACAAGUUCCAGAAGCAAUAUGGAGGACCUUGCCAGCAAAUUUGAAGAAGAAAGUUCAAAUAGACACUUCGGCUAAAACACUGCGAAUAACAAGGCCAAUCAAAUCGAAUGUCUCCUUCUGAGGAAGUUUCGUAGAUUAUGAAACGUUUUGUAAAAAGUUUAUUGCAUGACAGAGUUUUUACCAAAUAUGUACCUUUUUAACAGGAAAAGAUUCCAGAAUAAUACAUGUACAAAUAUGAAUAAUCUGAGAUCCACUAAUCUUAUUGUUCUAUACCAAAAUAAAUUGGUAAUUUUUAUUAAUUAAGAGGAUUUAUAACAAUAAAAUUCAAAUAUGAAAGUA